AUGGCCGUCCUCUGCAUCUCGCCGUGCUGGUCUCUACUCCCCGGCCAAAAAGAUGAGGAGGAAGUACACUCUGACAAUCAGGCUGUUGGGAAUGAUCUUAGUGACGAUGACCUAAUACAAAUCGGUGACAACUAUGUCCAUGUGGCUGAUCAAUUGGAGGAGAUGGUGCGUGAUGCCAUGGGGUACAAUGGGCAUACUAUUUUGGAGUUUGAGAAACUUAAAAAGUUGGCGACAGACAUGAAGACACCACUCUAUCCGGGCUGCAAAGGGAAGUACACGAAACUCUUCGCAUCACUCAAACUUCUCCAACUGAAAGCAACCCACCAUAUGACUGAUUGGGGUUUCAAGGCUUUGUUGGACCUGCUAAGGGACAUGUUGCUAGAAGGGAAUGAGAUACCUAUGACAACCUAUGAGGCCAAGCAAAACAUUUGCCCUUUGGGAUUGGAGGUCGAGAAGAUACAUGCUUGUAAGAACGACUGCAUUCUAUUUCGUGGCUACCAUGCUAACGACACUGAAUGUCCAAAGUGUCAAACGGCUCGAUAUAAGCGAAGAAAUGAUGGUGGUGAUGAGCCAGGCAUUGAUAUCGACGUGUAUCUGAGACCAUUGGUGGAUGAUCUGAAAAUACUAUGGCCAGAAGGUGUUCAGGUCUACGAUGCGUACAAAAGAGCACCCUUCACACUACGUGGCCUUCUCUUCACCACCAUCACUGAUAUACCAGGAGGCCAUUCUGUGUCUGGGCAGUGCAAAGGCGAAAAGGACUAUCCCCUCUGUUUAGAUGACACUGAGACUCUUUGGCUCAACAACUCAAAGAAACAGAUGUACGUCUGUCAUCGACGCUUCCUUCCUGAUUCACAUGCAUACAGACAGAUGAAACGCCAAUUUGAUGGCAUGAGAGAGUUAGCCAAAGCUCCGAGGCAUUUCAGUGUGGCUUAUGUCUACAGUCAGGUCAACGAUCUCCCAAAUGCCCAUGGCCAGAAAAGCACUACUACACUUGGAAAGAGAAAGCGCGACAAAGAAGCAGUUGAUCCAAAGAUCAGGUGGAAGAAGAAGUCAAUACUGUGGGAGCUACCUUACUAG